AUGGACAAUCUAAACAAUAAGGAUUCAACUGAAGCGCCCGCAAUAUGUACAGGUAGAGAUCAAAUCAAAAGUCAACAUUGUUUGACAGUAUUAUAUUAUUCAACUUAGUAUUUAAUAUUUUACAUUUUAUAUUCAGAGUAAAAAAAAGGAAUCUAGUUUUUUUUUUUAUAUGUACUUUUAUUACAUCUAUUAUUGGUAAAAUUAAAUGAAUAACCAAAGAUAACUAAAAAGGUAUCUAAAUAAAGAUAAAAGAUAAAACACUAUUAUUUGGAUAAAAAAAAAGAUAAAAUUGUUCUAAUUUUAUAAAUAAUCUACAAUUUUUUUGUUAAUUUAUACUAGAUUCUAUAAUCUAUAAUUUCUAUUAGAAUUUAGAAAUAACACAAAUAAGCAACCCAGAUAAUAUUAUUAUUACCUAUUACAUUAUGUUUUUAUUUUUUUUUCUCUAUUUAUACAAGGUUGGUUUACUAAUGAAACAUGGGUUUUAAUUUUCAAGUUCAAUUCUUUGAAUUUCUCGGAUAGGUAUAUAUAUAUUUAUUUAUCUAGAUGAAUUACGUUACAUAACUCAAUUAUUCAUCUAAGAUUAAUCAUCAGAUAACUAAUAUUGUUUAUUAUCUAUAUAAGAUAAAAGAUAAUUAAUUAUUUAUCUAGAUAAUGCUCAACACUGAUUAUCAAUCAUAAAAUAUUCUUAAUUACUAUAAAAAUAACUAUACAAAUUCAGAAAAUUCUUAUAAGAUCCUGCAAUAAUUUGAAAGAAUGUGUAUUUGACGUAGGUCAGUUAUUCAGUAGAUAUUUUGGCUAUAAUACUUGGUUGGAUCAUGAACCAGAAAUUAAGAGUUAAAUUAAUUAAAUUAAUCAAUUUACAAUUUUAUUUUAAAAGUAUAACAAAAUCCAUACUAAUUAAAUUCAAAGUUUACAUAAACACAACACUAUAACAGAUUCUAUUAAUUCUAUUAAUAAAUUCUAUUGAACUACAUAUUUUGUGUUAUGCAAUUUAUUAUGCUUGGUUACAGAAUAUAAAGGAUUAGUUAAUAGCAGUAAUAACUGUUUUCGCAACAGUAUUAUUCAAUCUUUAUUCAUGACUCCAGAAUUCAAGAAUUUAUUGUACAAAUGUGAUGUUAAUUAUUACUCUGCUAACAUGACAAUUGUUCAAAUGAAAAAACUAUUUUUAAAAUUACAAGUUAGUACCUAUAUUAUCAAUAUUGAACUAUAGUACUAAAAUUAAUUAUAGUAAAUACAUAAUAUUAAUGGUUAGAAGGUAAAAAUGCGUAAGCACUAAAUCCAAAUUGUUCAAGAGAGCCAAAUAACUAAUAUUUUACAGCGUUAUUGUUAUCGUUUGUUUGUUAUUAGCGUUAUUGUUUUCCAGCAUUAGAACAUUGUAUAACCAAUUGUUUACAGAUUUAAUAUGAAACAUGGGUUGUUAUUUCUUUUUUUGAUUGAUACAUUUUUCAUAAUUAUAAUAUAAUUAUAAUUAUAGCCUAUAUAAAAAAAAAAUGUUUCUUAUGCCCUGUUUUCUGUACCUGGCUCUUACACCCCAUUAAUAUAUGACCUAACAAUUUUUUUAUUUUUCAGAUUAUUUAUUAAUCUAUGAUGAUUAUUAGUACAAUUAUUUCAAUAAUUAUAUAAUACAAACUUAAGAUUAUAUUAAUUAGUUAAUUAAACUAAUAUAAGUCAAUUAUACCAAAUUUAUCAAACUCCAAUCAUCAUUUAAUUUUGAAAGAUUUCUUGUACCUAUCUAUGAUAAUCAUAUUAAUAAAUACAAUUUACUAGUUUAAUGAAUUAAAUUAUCCAUUAUACAUUAUAAAUACUCUUAAUGACAUACCUUUAUUCUUUAGGUAUUAAUUAUUUGUAAAACCAUUGAACUAUUAACACAACUUGUUCUCUUUAAUAGAAUGACUUGUUUAUACACAAUAACUUAUUUUUUAAAGAUUUUAUGUAAAAUUAAAAUCAUAUACAUUUAAUGUAUAUUACUUGUUAAUUUUUAAGUUACUAUAAAAAUAUUCAAAAAACAACCAAUAACUAAAAUGAUAAAUUGAUAUAACUGUCAACAAUUUCUGUUAUGUUUUAUAACGUUUUACUGAAUGCUAUUUACGUCUUUUAAUUGGCCACGUACACAUAAUUUUUUCAAUUCCGCCAAUUUUAUGACAUUAACAACAUAUUAUAAUUGAUUAUAAACACAUGAUAUCGAUAUUUAAGCAGGUUCAGUUGGCCAUUUAAUUUUAAUAUAUGGCUGUUGGACCUUAUUUCAGCACUGAAUUCUAGUCAAAGGUCAUACGGGGAAUCAAGAGAUCAAGUUAAGUUGGAUCAAUUGAAUUAUAAUUAUGCCAUUUACAUGCAAAAAAAUCUGAUUUUAAAAAAAGUGUCACUUACGCCCUUUACCUUCUUACUAUCAAUAUUAUUAUAAUUUAUUUUUUUUUCAAUUAAUUUUUUAUGACUAAUAGGACCCAUCAAAUGAAACUGUUGAAUGGAAAUCAAACGGCAGGAUGAAGCAAGGAGAUGCACAGGAGUUUUUUGUAAACAUUUUAAAAAGCUUCCAAGAAGAAUUAAAAACUAUAUGCCAUUUUAAUUUUAUAAACAUAUUUCAAGGUAAUUUCGAUAGUUAUGUAAUUAUAUAUAUGCUUGUUUAAUAGUUUUGAAUUAAUAUAUAGAUUUAUUAACAGGUCAAAUAAUUAACUGCAUAAAAUGUAAUGUAUGUAAAACUGAAAAAUUACAAGAAGAAACGUUUUUAGACAUUUCUUUGCCUAUACAUCAUUCUAGAAGUACCAAAGUUUAUACCAGUCUAGUAACUUCCUACACAUUUUUUUUUUUUAAUAAGUACUUAAUAUAUUAACUAACUAGUAUUAACUAUAUUUAGAUUGAUGCACUAAAAGGUUUUACUGAGAUUGAAAUAUUAGAUGGUGACAAUCAGUAUUUUUGCAAUUGUUGUAAAAAAAAUUGUAAUGCUGAGAAAGUACUAAAAUUCAGCGAGCUUCCAUAUAUAUUGACAAUUUGUUUAAAGCGUUUCAAAUUUAAUUACCAAACUACAAAUUACAUCAAAUUGUCUGACGAGUAAUAUAUGAUUUUUGAUCAUCAUAAAAUAUAUCAUAAUUUAAUUAUUAAUUUUUUUUUACUAGAAUUCAAUUUCCUUUAGAGAUAAAUAUAAAUAGUUUUAAAUUCAAAGAAAGUAGUGUAAAAAGAAAGGUUAGUUGAAUUAAGUAAAUUAAAUAGAUAUUUUCGUUGACCCAAAAAUUUUUUUUUGCACUCUGAAUACCAAUUUUUUCAAAAAAAACCAAAAUAUUAAAAUAAACCAAAAACAAAUUGUUAUUGAUAUUAAAACAAAUUUUUGUAAAACUGUUAUGUAACAUUUAAAAAUGUAUAAACCAAAUUAUUUUGUUUAAUUUUCACCUUAUCAAUAACCUCUGUAGGAGAUAUAAUAUUUUAAUACUUAGGUAUAUAGUUGGCUAAUAGAGUUUUAAUGCAUCAAUUCUAUUUGAUGGUCUUUCAUUUAGAUGAGACAUUUUUAGUUUCCAUAUUUUCAGUUCACUGAGAGAGGUAAACGCAUUAUUAGUAGGUAGAUAAGCAUAUAAAAACAAGAGAUUCCUAGUCUGCUUCAUUCAAAUUUUCAUUGUCGAAUAAAUAAUGAAAACCAAAAUAAAAUAGAUUUUAUUUUACAAAAUUAUAAAAUAUAAUUGUAUAUAAAUAUAUUUAGAAAUUUAAUAUAAUAUAAAAAUACUGAUAUAAAACAUACAGGAAUUAUCAAGUAUUAAUAAUAAGAUAUAAGUGAUAUACGCUUGUGGAAUAUCACAAUUUCAGAAAAACUGUAUCGGAAAAAUCAGAUAAUGAGAGUGGUAAAUCCCCCUAAUCAUGCCCGUUUAAUCACCCUUGACUUUAAUAUAGUAUAUAUCAUUAUGGAAUUCUAUAGUAAAGUAAAACAUAUAUGUGUAUCUUUUCAUAAAAAACAUUUACUAAUUGGAAAGUAAUAAAACUAACAAAACAAAACAAUUUCAUUAGUAUUAUUAUUUAGGUUUUUACUAAUUUUGAUAAUUUUGGAUAAUUUAUUAUUAAAUGUAGGGUCAUGAUAUAGGUGAUGUUCAUAACAUUUCUACAGUUGAUAAAUACUUUGAACUAUUACAUACUGAAUGUUAAUUCACACCUGUUGACACACAUAAUUUUAGAAUAUUAUCCAUUAGAGACCCCUAAUCUUCAUAAUAUUAUCUUCAAUUGUGUUGAUAAAUCAAAAUAAUUUUACUAGUAGCCUUAAACUUUAUUCUAACAGCUGAUUUCCACAGUAGGUUUACCAGUUAUGCAUACAUAAUGUAUACAUGGACCAAUUUCUAACUUGAAUAUUUUAAACACGAUUUUUUUUUUUUUUUUUUAAAUUGUUAUAUUGUCAUAAAUAAAAAAAAAAAAAUUAUGUUUAUGAUGAAAAUUUGUUGUAAAAUGCUAAUAUUAUGAUAAAUGCUUUUUCACAAAAUACAAUGCCAAAUCUAUAGAAGUUUACUGGCUCACUGUUCUACAUCACAGUGCACUACUGACUUUAUAAGGCCAAUAUAAUACUUAUUUAUGAACAAUUUUUAUUUUAUUUUCAAGGAUUUAAAAAAAAAAAUUUCAGCAGAACAAAAUGAUUAUAUUCCUCUAUGUCAACAUAAUUUAAAAACAAUGGUAAUAAGCAUAUCAAAAUGAUACUGUUUGCAUCACUUGACAAUAAAUUUAAGUUUACAUUAUUAAUUUUAAGUAGAAGUCUAUUUAAAAAAAAAAAAAGACUAAUAGAAAUUGGCUAAUAGUGAAAUAUUAUUAUUGAACCAACAUGUUGAGGCUGUAACCUGUUGGGAAAACCACACAAAAUUUAUUUUCAAAGUAGACAAUUUUCAAGAAAAUGUAAAAAAAGUGUAUUUAAUGAAAUGAAAAAAUGUUGGACCUUUUGUGUCGAUUAUCUUCUAAAACAGUGGGUCGAAUACUCAGUUCACUCCUACAAAUCUACGAGUAGUAUUGAAUAUUCUAAAAGAAUAAUACAAUUUCUAUCUUUGAUGCAAUGAUGUAACGUUUUGCUCUGGGUAUUCUAAGUGGUAGCUUAGUAACAGAUACAUUCAAUUAUCUAUGAUUUAAUUUGAAUAUCAAACAUAGAUUGAUUUUUCAAAACCCAAAAAUCAUACUUAACUUAAUACUGGAGAUUUUUUUGUGUCAAUGAAAACAUAUGCAAUGUAUAGGUAUUAAUAGUUGAUUUAUUAAGUUUAAUAAAAUUAUUUUAGGUAAAAGAAGGAGAUUCUGAAAAUUUAUCCCAUGCAUCUAAUAAAUAUCACCUCUAUGUUAUAAUAAUACAUACAGGGGAUUACAAUGGUGGUCAUUAUUAUGCAUUUAUAAAAGAUUUCAAAACUAAUCAAUGGUUAAAGUUCAAUGAUGAUUCGGUGACGGUGGUAAAUAUUAAAAAUUUAUAUUAUAUGUAUAUUCUAUUCUGUUAACUUUAAUUGAUUUUAUAUUUAAAAUUUUCUUGUCCUUUAUUUAAACAUUUAAUUAGACAUCAAUGGAACAUAUUAUUAAAAUUAGUGAUGGUGUAAAGACUACAGUUAAAGAAAUCGCCAAGGAAAUUCCAUACAUUCUUAUGUACAGAAAAACUGAUGAUAAUAAAAAUGAAAAUUCUUUGGAAUUUAAAGAAUUUCCACCUCAUUUAAAGGAAUUCUACAAUUUAUUGAUGAAGGAAGAAGAGAAAACUGCUGGAAGAAGAAAUAAAAGAAAAAGAAAGUCUUAA